AUGAAGAAAUGGAUGUAUUCUUUGGCCUUCGUCGGAAGCUCGUGUCUCUGGGCAUUGCCCCCCAUCUCCAAGCCGAUGGGCACCACUUCCUGCCACUGCAGAUCCAAUAGCCUUGCUAUGGCUUUCUGGGUGCGAUCGGGGUCGGACCGGCACACAGAGCGGCGAUGUCGGUCGGUUAGGCCCAUUCUUGGCGCGCUGAGGCUGGCAGUCAGCUCGACGAGCAACCACGGGGCCACGGCGCGAACCAACGCCGAGGCCACUUAUCACAGAAAGCCUUCUUCCUCAGUCAUGGCAAUGUAUACAACCGCUUUACCCUGGACCUUGCCCGAUGUGAUGGAGGAAGCAGAGCAGCGUCGAGGAUCUGCCCGCUUGUUCCUGCACCUGGACGCGGCUCAUUUGAUGCGUUGGAACAAGAGCUGGGGCUGGCUGAGCAAGCAGAGCAAUUACCGGCUACACCAGCCGGCUAAAGGCGACGAAUGGAAGGGCAAUAUCAAGACAUCGUUGAGGAAGCAGAACUACAUGCCGUCGCUACAGGAGCUGCACGCCGUUGUGCCACCUGCAAACGCCAUGAAGAAGGGGUGGUCGUGCGGCGGUGACUUGACACAGCCGUUCAUUUCUCUUCCAUUCCAAAAACCCAGUCUCCCGUUGACAGACACGGUGACCUCGCUAGAACCAACGCAAUACGCUCUUCAUAUGGAAGAUUCCAUGGAUCCGUUCAAUAAACUCUCGCCCGCGAUCCUCAAGGAGAUUCUGGUACGUCUCCCCAAUCGGCAAGACGUCGUCUCCUUCAACCACGCAUCCCCGGCAUUAUAUCGCCAACACGCCAUCCUUGAGGUGUUCGCUGAGAAAUGUGACUCCAAGCACUAUCUCUGCGACAGCUCCCUUGUCCAGGACGCAAUGGCCGUCCUUCUUUUUCCAACAUCCACGCCUACAAUCCACCCGAGCGGCCGCAUAACAGCAAUCGAUGCACACCUUCAGACGUGGGGAGCCAAGCGGUUUCCGGACCCGUUCCUCGCGGCGGACAUUCCCACCAUGAAAGCCCUCGACUCGCUGUACCAGAAGGUCUGCUUGUACGUCAAGGACUACCUCUCCAAAGCCACAAGCGGCUACCUCCCUUGGGCGUAUCGCCGGCUGCCAGCCUGGUCACAUCCCGACUUUGCCCAGGGGAGUAACCAGCGGCUCCUUCGGACGUCUCCGGAGCUGUGCAACGCCGACUUUGAUACAGACGUUCUAACGCUUGACGAGCACCGGCGGAUAUUCAGGGCGUUUCUCCGAUACGAGCUUCUAUGCAAGAUCUACGGGCCCAUAAGCAGACGAGAGUGGGCAGCAGAUUCCGAAGCAUGCGAUCUGACCUGUCUCAACAGCAACCGCACAAGCGACGCUUAUGACGACCAAGACGGUGACGACGAACCCCACCACCGCCCAGGCUCCCGAUUCCAACACUGGAACUGGGCGAUCCUCUCCAGCUACGAAAACACCGCUCCCUUCCCCCCGGACCUCCAACUCCUCACCUGUGUGCGCGAGUACGUACUCACCCUCUACGGCGCCCUGAUCGCCGGCGAAGUCCACGCCGACCUCCCCCGUCGCCUCGAAGGGUCUACGCGGUAUCCGCACCUUGAAUAUGCCCCUGAGGUGGGCGAAGACGAGUUUCCCGACGACGGCAUCGCUGCUGACUGGGACGACGCCGGAGAGCAGGGCUGGAGCCAGCCCCUCGUUUCGAUCUUGGCGUGUGCUGGCUUCGAUGUCCUGACCGGCGUUCUAGCGUCGGGCUCAUCGCGUUUCCGGCGGUUGGUCCAUGACCUGAUGGUUGAUGAGUAUGGCCCUCGGCCGCUGACGGAGGACGAUGAGUAUGGCCAUCAGCCGCUGACGGAGGACUCAGUUGUGGUCUUCUGGCACCGGAGUUCUAGGACCUCUGAGGACUGCUGCGGCGAGCUUAUGCGCCUGUACAGGCAGCGCGCAUGGGCGUUGUUUGAUGAUGACCGGCUGUAUCCUGGUGGUUGGGGCUUGCCGACGGCUGAUGAGUUUCGCGAGGCGUGCAGUGACCGGGGUUAUUGCGCGGGGGGUGACUGGGAUACUACCGAUGCCGAACUUACUGAUGGGGGGAAGCUUGUUGUCCACGGAGCUAAGUUCUACCCUUCUCUUGUUGCAUGGCUGAGACCGUUUUGGAAGCAACAUCCUUAUGGAUAGGGAAUUGGAUGACAUGGAAAGUUGCCAUCUUAUGGAGGCAGAGGCGGGGUUUUGAGGGGAUAGGAGGUAUUACCGAGGGACGAGUAACUUUAUCACAG